GACAUCGCUAUCCUCUUCAACGUCAUCAUUAUCUUCCUCAUGUUCUUCAACACCUUCGUCUUCCAAGCCGGGCUGGUCAACCUUCUCUUCCACAAGUUCAAGGGGACCAUCCUGCUCUCGGGGGCCUACCUGGCGCUCAGCAUCUCCUUCCACAUCUGGGUGAUG